GCCGGACAGCUGGCACACUGGACCCGGACUGAGCCCGACUGUCGUUCCUGUGAUGCCCCAGGUCGGGCUGAACUGGCCCGGGUGUCGCGAUGCCUUACGUGGAUCGACAGAAUCGCAUCUGCGGCUUCUUGGACAUCGAGGAGAACGAGAGCAGCGGCCGAUUCCUGCGCCGAUACUUCAUCCUCAACACUCAGCUGGGGAAGCUGCUGUGGUACAUGGACAACCCUCAGAAUCUGCCUGAUGGAGCAGAACAGGUGGGAUCUCUAAAUCUCACCUACAUCUCCAAGGUCAGCGAUGCCACCAAACUCAGACCAAAGGCCGAGUUCUGCUUUGUCAGAGCCGCAGCAGAGCUUUCACCUGGCAAACAUGCGGCCCGCGGACCAGAUACGACCCGCUGA